ACCAAAAAAAAAAAAAAAAAAAAAGAGAAAACAAAAAAGGGUCGUAUCCCUCUUCUCCCCUCACCCGACACCCCCCCGAAACCCUAGAGAGGCCCUCGCUCUUCUUCUCCACUGCGCCCGUUCCCUGCGUCGACCUCACAGGAACGCCUCAGCGUCGACCUUUUCUCUCCCUCCGAGCUCGAGCUCUGCAUGGUGCGGUGGAUAUCCCUCCUCAUUGGGGUCCUAAACCUAGGGAUCGUCCUUUUGGGAGGGAUUCUGUUGGACUCCGUUGUCUCCGGCUUCUCAGCCACGGCGAAGAUCCUCAUCGCCACGACGACGCUUAUCGCCGGCGUGAGGGUCGCAGCCAUGGUCGGCGCCGCGAGGGCGCAGCAUGCCGCAGCAGAGAACAUUGCUGGUAUUUGGCGGACGGUUCCGUCGCCGUCGACGGCGCUCUUCGCCACGAGAGACGGGUACCUUCUCCCUUUUGAUGCGCGAGGGAAAAUAUGUUGAUGCAGGGAAAUAUGUGUUUCUACUUUUGCUACAGGGAAAGUGUUCAGACAUAUUAAAGUGGAGGUCCUUUUAUGCGACUCAUGAUACUGCAUGGAAAGCUCAUUACAGAGAGGUAUUUGACCAUGCGAUUCGAGAGGCUUUAUGCUGUCUAGGACGUGCGAAGUAUUUGAUUGCUUAGAAGAAGAUGAAGUUUACUCUGUGGCAAGACUCUUAGGCGACUUGGUGGCAUAUCGAGCAUCAAGAACAGGACAUUUGGAACUCUUGCAGGUAAAUUACCUCCAUGAAGUAUUAAAUUUUUAGUACAAAGUAACCAAUCCCCCCACUCGCGCCACCCCUUUCCCGCCCCCCCAAAACAAAAAAAAAAACCCAAA